AUGUCCUGGUUGGCUCGUUCCAUUGCCAAUUCUCUCCGCCUCGACGAAAUUGAAGACGUGCCCGCCGAGGAGGAUAGGGCCCCACACGAUACCGAUAGUCGAUCGUCAGGCGACGGCCAUAGCAGCUGCGGCGGGGAAGACGAAAUUGAUGGCGGUGACAAUCGGCGUGGAGUGAAGGAGGAUCUGUCGGAAUUGAAAGACAGCCUUGCGCGUCAAUUCUGGGGUGUCGCUUCAUUUCUGGCUCCUCCUCCUCCGCCUCCGCCUCCGCCGCUGUCAAUUCGGAGGUCGGGUGUUGGAGAUCGUGAGGGUGAGGAAUUGGUGGAGCACGGCGGGGGAGAGCCUGAUAAAUUUGGGCCGUCGGAGGAUUUUUACACAGAUGUUGUAGGCUGCGCAAUUGGGGUUAGUGAGGAAGUUUUAGCCUUCGCGAGGGAUAUUGCGCAUCACCCGGAGACCUGGUUGGAUUUCCCGUUUUCGGAAGAAGAUGAGUUCGACGAUUUCGAUAUAUCUGAUGCACAGUACAAGCAUGCUUUGGCGGUCGAACAUCUAGCACCAAGAUUAGCUGCUCUAAGAAUCGAGCUAUGUCCGGUUCACAUGAGCGAGGGCUACUUUUGGAUGGUCUAUUUUGUUCUUCUGCAUUCAAGGUUAAGUAAACACGAUGCUAGCCUGUUGUCCUCAUCGCAGCUUGUUCAAGCAAGGAUUAUGUGGAUGCACGAAUUAGAGAAAAGGUCCAAGGAUUUGUCGGGGCUAGUCCUGAGUACAGAGCCUUCAGACUCGGUGCAUCAAAAUUACAUAAUGAAUUCUGACCAAGAUGAUGCUCGACCUGAAUAUAUCUCUGAACCAGAGAACGAGAUUGAAAAAAACUUAUUCGACGAAAUCAAAUUUGUCGACAAGUCGGUCAUUAAAGAGGAUUUAACACCCGAACUCCAGGAGAAGGAGAUGAUACUGAGUUCAGUUAUUGCAGAGGGUGAUGAUCAUGUCAAUGAUAAAGAUGAUAAUGAUGAUGAUUGGUUGAAGGAUAUGUCGGACUUUAUCGGUUAUUCGGACAAGUCAGUCAAGGGAAAUGAAGAAGACAUAUCGUUUAGUGAUCUCGAGGAUGAUUUAGAUCACACAAUACCUGUUAAAUACAAAAUAGUCACUUCUGAAGGGAAUUCGUAA